AUGCAAGUUUCGUGUUAUCGGGAGGACGUGUUUUACAGAGACUGUGCGGGCGCCCUUGAUUGGAAAAGUGGCCGUGACGUCUUGAGACGGAGGGCGGUGACCAAACUUUUUUGGACUCCUGUUCGAAGUGUCUCUUUUCCUAAUAUUAGGUCUUUUGCUCAACUUGCCAUACAGCAUCAACGC